CGUAUGGGCGCCUAUCGCGCACGGCGCCUGCCAUCCCGGCACCGCCGGUUUGCACCUUCACCUCCUCCGUCACCGUCCCCGCGCACACAUCCAGCCAUGGGCUCCUUGGCGAACGCUUUCUACAACUCCAUCGUCAAGCGCAACAGCGUGUUCGUGACGACCAUAUUCGCCGGAGCAUUCGCGUUCGGCGUUGGCUUUGACACCGGCAUCACGUCGUUCUGGGACACCUGGAACAAGGGGAAGCAGUGGAAGGACAUCCGUGACCGCUACAUCCAGGAUGAAGACUCAUAGAGACUAGAUGGAGCACAUGUGCAUUGCUAUCACAGAGCCAAGUAUAAUGGACCCCUAAAACUCUUUGACCUGCCCGGUCGGUCACUAGUUUCUGCACCGUCCGUCCGAACUCGGCUCCUACCAGCCGGCAUACAGUUUCAAGUUUCUCGUCCUUUGGACACUGGCAAAGUCCUGACGUAGCUGGCGUCGCACCAAGCAGCCAGGCUGACGACAAAAUGAUGUUACUGAAAAUUGAGCACACAGUUCACACAAGG